AUGCUCGUCCUAAUCCCUGGUAUCUCUGGAAACAUGGGCACUCGCCUUGCCAGAGCGGCUGCUUCUCGAGGGCUCUCAGUGCGUGGCCUAGGGCGUGAUGCUUCCAAGGUCCCAGAAGACGUCAAGCUCGAGUCCUUCGUGACGAGCACCUCCUACUACGACAUUCCCGCCAUCGAAAAGGCCGUCCAGGGAGUCGAUGCCAUCAUCUGCGCCUACAUGUCGACAGAUGUGCUCGUUCUGGACGGUCACCUCAUACUCUUACGGGCUGCCGAGCGUGCAGGCGUCAAGGUCUUCUUCUCGGCGUCUUGGAACAACGACUGGACCAAGAAUAAGUUUGGCGACUUUGAACACUAUGAUGCUUAUAUCGCUUUCCAGCACCAAGCUGCCAUGACAAGCCCCAUUAAGCCUGUAUACAUCUUUAACGGGUUCUUUGACAGUCUCUUGUUCACAGUCUUUGGGCCAGGUGGAUUCGACACGACUGGCGAAGUGCCAACCCUAAAGUACUGGGGUGAUGAACCAAACCGCAAGUUCUGGUGGAUAGCGCAGGAAGACGCGGCUGCUUGGACGAUUGAGCUCCUGUUCAACAGAGACGUGCAGGAGGGCAGAGGCGGUGUGUUCAGGUUCAGGUCUGGAGAAGUCACCCUUGAUGAGCUGGCGGCAGCAUAUCAGAAAGCCACUGGUACCUUAGCUAAGGUUGUCCGCGCAGGCAGUGUGGAAGAUAUUGCGCAGGAGGUGCAGGCAGCGCGCGAGGAAAAGGGCCUUGCCGGGUACUGGGAUUACGCCGCGCAGGCUGUGUCUUUGAAUGUGGCCAGAGGCGUUUGGGACAUCCCGGCCGAGGAGGUGACCAAUCUGGAUUAUGCCAAGAAGCCUACAGCCUUGGAGGAGUAUCUGAAGCAGCGGUUUCAGUCGUCCUAG